AUGAAAGUAAAAAGAAUUAAGCACUAUAAGAGUUGUCAUCAGAUACUUCUUGUCGGAGAGGGGGACUUCUCAUUUGCACUUAGUUUGGCAACGGCAUUUGGUUCAGCUUCAAACAUUGUUGCCACUUCCCUUGACUCCAAAGAGUCACUAGUGAGAAAAUACUCUAGAGCUUCAACAAACUUGGAUGAGUUGAAGAAUCUUGGGUGUACUCUUGUGCAUGAAGUAGAUGGCCACAUAAUGAACCAUCACCCACUUUUAGAGAACAAGUUAUUUGACCGAAUAGUCUUCAAUUUUCCCCAUGCUGGAUUUCAUGGAAGAGAGCAUGAGUGGCUGCAAAUUAUGCUUCACCAGCAGGUUGUAAGAGGGUUCUUGAAGAGUGCUAGGAAGAUGUUAAAGGAAGGUGGAGAAAUUCAUGUUACACACAAGACAGCACACCCUUUUUGUAACUGGGAAAUAGUGAAGCUAGCAAAGGAAGCUGAGUUGUCAUUGGUAGAAGAAGUACCUUUUGGAAGAUUUGAUUAUCCAGGUUACAUUAACAAGAGAGGUCAUGGAGAUAGAUGCGACCAAAGCUUUCCUGUUGGUCAAUGCAGCACCUUCAAAUUCUCCAAAUCACACUUUAUUCCGUCUGUCUGUCAAAAAUAA